AUGCGGGAGAAGAUGGGGCUUAAGCCAAAUGUGGUAUCCUAUGGCUCUCUUCUGAAUGGCUUGUGCAAGAAGGGAAAGCUCCUCGAAGCAGAAGCUAUCUUCCAUGACAUGGUGAAUAGAGAAAUUUCACCCAAUGUGCAGGCCCGUACCAUGUUUAUUGAUGCAUAUUGUGCAGCAGGUAAGAUCCAGAAAGCCUGUGCACUGUUUGAGGACAUGAAGAGAAGAGGGAUCUCUCCAAAUACCGUAACUUAUAAUGCUCUCAUAAAAGGUCUCUGCAAAGAAGGGCGUCUAUCUGAAGCUGAAGAACUGACCCUUUGUCUAGAAGAUGGUGGUCUGAGGCCCGAUGUGGUUACGUGCAAUAUGAUGAUCUCGGCACGCUGCAACGGCGGCAAUACACAUAGAGAAUGUGAAGAUGAACGCAAGGUUCUUUCUUUACAGAAAGAAAUGGCCGAAAAGGGCAUAUUAACUCGAGGGAUGAGAAGAAAUAAUUCGGUAAUGGAUAAGUUUGCAGCUCAGAUGUGA